UUCAAGGCAGCGCAAUAUGGGCCUAGCGUUCUUGUAAAUGUAAACAAAGAUGCUCAAGUGAACACCUGUUGGCACUUUGAUGCCCAUUCUUACAAAAUUAUUCAGUUGCUUUUUCUACUAAUGUUUUUUUAACUAAAAUGGCAGAAAAAACGAAUAAUAUGAAGCGAAAGGGUGUUAUUUUGUAUCAAGAUGGCGAGCUUGAUUUGGAAGAUCCCGCAAUCGAAGAAGGUUUUGAUGACUUAAAAGCCGCUGUCAUGACUGGAAGAACGGACAUUCUGAGAAUUCUUUUAUCUGCAGCUCAGGCGUACAGAGAUGAAGAAGAUGUUCUUGAUGAUGAUGAUUAUGAUGAUGCAGACAAAGGCAUUAAGAAAGUGCCCGCAGAUGAAGAAGAAAUCUUAGACUUACUGCAAAUGCUUUUGAAUUUUAGAGAUAAUGAUGCUGGAACUGGGCUCCAUUAUGCUACAAAGCUUGACAGAGCAGAUAUGGUAAGAUCUCUUUUGGCUGCUGGUGCAAAUCCUACAUUGAAGAACUGUGAAGGAGCCACACCAUUAGAUUAUUGCAAAAGUGAACAAAUGAAAAAUGCUUAUGUUGGUGCUCUGAUGCAGGCUGUUGCCCAGUCAAAACAAUACAGAGUUAGUCUUUUGUUGGAAGCUGGUGUUGAUGUCAAUGCAGGUGACGGAGCAGAUAGUGACAACAAAGUGCUCCACUGGGCUGCAAGUUUUGGCGAUCUUGAAACGAUUAAACUACUUCUAGAGUAUGGCGCAGAUGUCAAUGCUGUCAAUGGUGAUGGUUCUACAGCUCUGCAUGAUGCUAUAAUUCGUGACGAUAAAGCAAUUGUUUUGGAACUACUUAAUCAUGGUGCUAAUAUCAACAUCGUUCCGUUUAAAGGAGCUAUGGAAGGGAAAAGUUGUUACGACAUUGCCGUUGGGAAGGAGGAUAUUCUUACGAUACUCGAGGUUCAUUUGCUUACAAAUAGCGGUAAUGUUAAUGGAGAUCACAGGGAUCAAGAAGAAGAGACGGUUUUAACUCUUGAAGAUACUGCAAGCACGACAGAACUGAAACUUUCAACACCAAUCGGUGCUUCUAAAAGUAAUCACGAUUCCUCUAAAAACUUGAAAGAGCAAUCACCAACUGAAAGUAUCCCAAAGCAAAAGCAGUUCCAGCCCAUUCUUCUACCUCCAAAAUCACCUAUGCGACUUUUUUUACCUACUAUGACGAAGUUGGAUCCUGGUGUCCUACAACUGUGGCCUCCGCCUCAAAAUAUUCUCCAGUACAAAGGAACUUUCUACGUUCCACCAAUCAAUCUUAAAUUCCUUUUGAUGGUUUCCAGAAACACGUCUUCAGCUCAUUUGACUUGUUUCAACAAACUGAUGCAAGUUCUACAACCGAAAUUACAGAGCCUUGGGCUCGAUUUUGAAGCAGAAAUUUCUUGCCCUUAUACCGCAUCAUCGAGCUCUAUUAAAGGCUGCAUCGAAUGUUUCAUCGACUCUUCAACGAUCUUUGAUGAUGAGGAGUACAAGCUCUGUAUCUCUACAAAAAAGGUGAAGAUCAUUGCUGGAGGCAUGAAGGCAUUGUUUUAUGCUUUAAAUACCUUCGUACAGUGCCUUAGGAUUUUCCAAGGAAAAGGUCUACCACUUUUACAGAUUUCGGAUGCACCCGAAACAAGAAUCAGAGGCGUGCAGCUGGAUUUUAGGGAAAGAGAUUUGCCUAAGUUUGAAUAUCUUCUGUAUUACAUCGACGUCUUGUCUGGAUUUAAAAUCAACCAGAUUUUCAUACCAGCCCAGCUUUUUCUUCCUGAUGAACAGAAAAGGUUUACCGGCUACAAUUCUAGGGAUUUGCUUCAACUCCACAGCUUUUGUCAAGAUCGUUUUAUAGAAUUAGUUCCAUCGUUGAGAUGUGCUGAUGUUUUGGAUCCUGUCACCGCAAUAUCUUAUGCAUCAAUAAAAUUAGAGAUUUUGCCCCUUUUUCCAUCUACAAGAUUUUUAAGCAUCAGCCUAGAUGACUUAGAUUGUUCAUCAAAGGAAAACCAGAACGUGCUUUCAGGGAUAACAGAUAAUGAUAUGGUGAGAAGAAUCGAGGAGCUUCAUGAGUUUUGCGUCAGCAAUGUGCUAACCCUGCUACUUGAUUCAGAGAUAAUCUUGCAGCAGCCAGUCAGAUUAAUGGAUAUUAGUCACAAUUUGAUCUGCCUAAACAUGCUACGCGAAGGAAAGAAAGAAUUAACCACAGAGUAUCUUGCGGAUCUAGGGGUUGCUCAUCUGAUAUCUCCAUCAUAUGAAGAUCAUAGAACACUAAUCAACGACGUUCGAUCGAGUUUGAAGUGUUUCGAAAAUAGCCAGCGAACAUUAAAGAAAUCUGGCUCCCUCGGAGUUGUUCUUCGAUCUCCUAUAAAGUCAAUGAGUCUGUGCUGCUUGACUCUAGAUUUCGUGUCAAUAGCUAUAUGCUCUGCAAUGUCAUGGAGAUCGUCUCCUGUUAUGGUUUUAGAUGAAGACAUGCUAACAGCAAUCAUAAACAGGCAUAUAUACGAAGAUGACAAUGAUAUCAUUGGGAACCUGGUAUUGACUUUAAGCAGCAUAGAACAGAUUUCGUUGAUUUCCAAAGAGAGCUACUAUAACUCUACGGGAGAAUCUAGUAGCCCAAAUACCGAAUCAGCUCAGUUUGGGCAGCUCAAAGAACUUCUAAAUGCAACAGAUGAACUCAGUGCAAGCUCGUUAUCCUUUGAAAACCUCAAGAUAUCAGCAAUAUCACUGAAACAACUGGAGGACAAGAUAGGCAAGUCCAAGAUUAAAAGCCGUUUUAAAGAGUUACUAACGUCAGAAUUGAAUUCAUUGUUAAAGAUUAUGGGGUUCCUUUGCAAAUUUGGUCUUGCUUUACAAAAGCCUAAAACUAAUACAACAGCUGACGCAACUGUGCUUAAUCUCUCACAAAUUCAAAGAAGUGACCUGUCAAAUAAACUUAUGAAUUUACUUGAACAAUACGAGGCGUUUUCCACCACAUACUACAAAGAGACUCCCGAUGGACUGAUGGCUGUAGAACUUCUAAGGAGACUUAUAAAGAGGCUAUACCCAGAAGGAGACUCGUCUUUUCUUGGCUCAAUAGUGCGUACCUUCACCGUCUGAUGUUUCUAUGAUGCUGGGCAUUUUGUAUACAAAAAUCAUAACAUGAACAUCAAGUAUGGACGUGAACAUGCUACCGAUACUUUGGUGAGCAGAAAGGUUUUUGCGAUAUAUCUCCGCUUAGGAUAUAAUUCAUAUUGAGUCAAAUUUAAGUUAAGAAACUCUGCUAUUAGGAGCGGAUUGAUAUACGAAGAGUUAAAGACUUUGUUAAUGUUUCUAGUGUUUUUAAGCGGCAAAAUAUUCAGCUGCUUUCUGUAUUUCCGUUAAGAAAUAUAAUGAAGAAGAUAUAAUGUUAUUCAUAAAAACAAAUGUUGGUUUCGUGCGCAAUUUCUCAUAUUAGCUGAAACUUUUAUCUUAUAUUUGUUUAGUUUCUAUACACAUAGUUUAUCUGUACAAUGCAAACAUAUUUUUCUUACUCUAUCUGUGGGACAUUUUAAUUAGAUCAAUGAUACCAUAGCAACUAUUUAUUGGAUACGGUAAAGGUAAAUUCUAAGAAGUUUUCAAGGCGAAGAGAUUUUUGUGUAGACUUAAGAAUCAUUUUCAUUAUGGCUUUUUUUAGUAUUUGAAAAGCGACAGAAUGUUGGUUGCUAUAAAGAAAAGAUAUGUGAUAUGAGUUGAUAAAGCUGUGAAUAUUUCAAGAUCGGUUUAGCUCGGAGGCCCAUCAUAUUGUAGUAUUUACAAUAAUCUUAUUAAUUUACCAAGAUGCUAUUUCCCCUUACAGUAUUUGUAUCAAUCUUAAUACCUUGUUAUUUGUGGUAUUUCAUUUGCACAUUAAACUGGAAUUUAGUUAAAUAUAGAAUAUUUAUUGUACUUGUCAUUCAGAUAAUCCUUAAUUGAAGUUGUAAUAAUUUUCUCUUGUUAUUUUGCAUUUCGCAGUCAGCUUAGAGUAUACUUUCAAUAUCGUUUGCUUUCAAUAUUGUUUACUUUCAAUAUUGUUUACUUUCAAUAUCGUUUACUUUCAAUA